CAAAUACGCUGCGGUCCGAGAGAUGAUCAACGCGGGAGUCAUCCGAAUUGGAAAAGCGUGUCUGAAACUGUCCUCUCUUUCUCUCUCUCUCACUCUGACUCGCUGACUCGCUCUCCUUCCCCUCUCACGACGAAAGCAAGGAUGUGGUCUCCUCUCUCUUUCUUCUCCCCACUUUCUCAACACUCACAUUCCAUCUCCCUCGCAACUAGAAACUAUCGUUUUGCCUCUCUGUCAUCGUAGGAGGGUAGAGUCGGCGUAUAUCCGAAAACUGCGUCCCUCUGCGCGAGAGAAGAACUCAUGGCGAGACAGAGAGAAAGUGAGAGAGAAACAGAGAGGGAGAGAAAAACAGACACAUACACCACAUGAGAAAGGGAGCUAAGCAAUGAGAUAGAGAGAGGGAGAGUUCGUUACCCCCACUCUGGGGGUGAAAACUACCCCACGAGAGAGCGUGUGGGGUGUCCGGCCUCCGUGUACGGGCCGAGGCGAACCGAGCGCGUCCGAAGUGAAGCGCAGUGCCCGAGACCAGGUCCCGAACGCCACUACUAGGCGCACGUCCAGCACAGUCCACUCAGAGAUACGACCCAUGCUGGACCAUCGUCGUCGCUGCCGCGCUGGUCCACGCAUUUCAGAAGCAAAUAUCAACGAGACAAUUUUUACAAAAACAAUUUUCAUUAUUUUUUCCCUUUUUCCCCCAAAAUACAAUCUCUAAACAUUUUUCACAAAUUUUUCUGGAAUUUUAGAAGAAAAUCUACCAUUUUUCCCCACACGUUAACAUGUGUCAAGUGUCAAGGGACUUUUUAUGCCGGUUCAUCGCGUGUUAAUUCAAUUUCUAUGUUUUUGUUAAUUUUUUAAAAAACGACAAUAAAAAAAAAGAAUUUUUAUUGUCAAAGAAGUGAAUGUGAAUCAGGGGAAUUGAUAAUAGACAAAUUUUUUUUUUUUUUGGAAAAGUGCCAGUGUUGAGGUAGCACACGCGGUACCGAAAGGGUACCGAAUUUUUUUUUUUUUUUUUGAUCUGGAAACCGCGGGAAAUUUCGACCAUGCGGUCGGUGAUCAGUUGACCAGGAUCCUUCCUCCAAUGUUGUCCUUAGGAAGGAAAGGAGAGACGGUUGAGUGAGAAAGAGAGAGAGGAAAUAGUGCCUCGUGGUGGAAAAGGAUUUUUUAAAAAUUAAUGCCAAUGGUGAUGGACCAUCGAGAAAGCUCCGGAAGGAGAGGAGCGGAGUGACGUUUGUUUUAAUUUUUUCAUUUUCGUUCCGUGUAAGACCCUCUUUUGUGAAUAGUUUUUAAAUAGUGAUAAUCGAGUCGGACAACAAUUAACAAACGCCACCAUGAGGAUCAAAAUGCCUGCUGUGAGGAUCGCCCAAGCGGAAACUUCGCAGGGGGGCAGUACGCCCGAUACGGUACAAUGUGGUGGCUGUAGGGCAUCAUUUCCAUUGGGGGAAAUUGUUCGAUUUAUCGAGCACAAAGUGAAUCAUUGUCGAAGUACACUUCAGGGAUGUCACAGUCCACCACCGGCGGCAGCACCCGAGGAUUCAGAUCCAGAGGAUGCGCUUGCCCUGAAAAGUUUGGAUCAGGAGAAAUUGAAAUCAGUGCCGAGUAUCUCGGCGCCAAUUAAUAAGCGUGUUAAUAGAAUUGAAAGUCCCCCAACGCCCCAAGGUUCUGGGCCCGAUGCCGUUAGUCCCAUUGAGCUCAGGGCCAGUGCCAGUUCCACCCCAAAGAGACGGACCGAAGUCUCCGAGGAGGAAAAGGAGGACGUACCCAAGAAACCAAAAACCGAAUCUGUUGACGCCGACACCAAUACCGUCAAUUCCGAGCCAAAAUGGUUGCAGUGUUCCCAAUGUUCCCGACGUCUGUCUUCAGCAUGGGAGAUGUUGCAGCACGCACAAACUCUACAUGGAGCCAGACUCUACACAUCAUCAACAUCCCUAGCAAAUUCCUCGUCAAACACACCGACCCCAAGUCCCACGACUCCAACGCCAACCCAUUCUCAUCACUUGAGUCCGCCAAAUCAUCUGAAUAUCAGCGGGAAAUCAACAGGAAGUUCCUCGGCUGCAAAUUCUUCGGGCGGUACCAACACAAGUGGCAGUAGCGGUGGUCGACAACAAUUACAAACCUCAGCGACUCUAGUUGCCGAUCCUCUCAGUUUUCUAAGACUUCACAGCACAACGCAACAUCUAGACAGAAGUUAUUCGCAACUAUAUCCACCCGAUCUAAUGGCCCACAUGGUCGGCUAUCGAGGACUUCAGGACCUACAAACAGCAACAAGAAAUCUACAGAAUUUAGGUGAUCCCCUCCGAAGAAUGGAUGGACUAAACUUGGGCGACUCACAAUUCAGAGGCUCUCUAGACACUCUGAAUAAUGCCCGAAAUUUAGCGAAUUUAGCAAAUUUAGCCCAAAGUCGAGGGAUCACUAGUCAGGGUCAUCCACAAAUUUUAGAAUCGAACAUGGAUUUUUACUCGGAGCGUCUAAGGAACCUCGCUAAUCCGGCCUUAGGCGCAGUGCCUCUUAAUAAUUCGGUAGCGAAUCUUAAUUCAUCAGUGGUACCAUCAACUGUUCCAACAGCUCAUUCAGUCGAACCACCGAGUCCAGCUUCGUCAAAUCCCACAAAUCUCACUCACAAUCAUCAGAAAGAGAACUCACCACCUUGCUAUACCCAAAGUCCCACCGGACAUCACAAUAACAACAAUUCCACAGACAGUGAAAAAACAAGUCCUCCGGUUGCUUCAACACCCAUCAUCACCGACACGUCGGAAACUGUCUACAGUUGUGAGGCAUGCGACAAGAAAUUUCGCUUCCAGUCGAACCUCAUCUCCCACCGGAAGAGUCAUCAAGAGAAGGAGAGUCAUCAAUACCAGGAGACGGUAGCCAAAACAAUUUCUCAGACGAGAUGCGAAGUCUGCGAAUUAGAGUUGUCUACUUACUCAGAACUGAGAAAACACAUGAGAAAAGAGCACCAGGAGGCUCUGAAUCCCCCUGCGAGUCCUCAAGGUAGUGUCGAAACUGUCCCCGACGAUGGUAGUAGUUGUGACGAGAAUAUGGACCUCGACGAUGGCGAUGACAACGACAAGGAUCAAGAUGACGCUGAGGAAAACACACCCGAGGAUCUAAGCACCACCCAAGGACAAAGUAGCGAAGAGAACGGUCCCCUCAAUUCGGGGAGAAUCGAUCAAAAACCCAGUUUAGUAGGUGACUUUAUCGAAAAAUUCGGCCUCGGCAACUUGAGUCAAUACUCCGAGGCCUAUCGACAAGCGCUUCAAGAACCAGGUCUGAAUCGUGGUUUCAUCAAAACAGAAUCGCCCGCUAGUCUCACAAACACCCUGAACAAUAAUAAAGAAAAGGACAGCGCUCUAUCACCAACAAAUUACAAUUUAGGCUCAACGCCAAAUAUUUUCUCCGGAUUUCACAGAUCCACCGCACCGGAAUUUGGAGGUCUUUGGAUGACCGGUCAUCACUAUUUGGAGAACAGCGAUAUCCGAAAGACAACCAAAGCAACGACUUCUAGUCUCUCACUACAAGGACUUCCGAGUCCUCUACUAAAAAAAGAGCGCAGUGGGAGGAACGACACCUGUGAAUACUGUGGGAAGGUCUUUAAAAAUUGUUCAAAUCUCACAGUUCACAGGAGGUCACACACAGGUGAGAAACCCUAUAAAUGUGAACUAUGUUCCUACGCCUGUGCACAAAGUUCAAAACUCACGAGGCACAUGAAGACGCACGGCAGGCACGGCAAGGACACGUACAAAUGUCGAUUCUGCGAGAUGCCAUUCUCAGUUCCCAGCACAUUGGAGAAGCACAUGCGAAAGUGCGUCGUUGUCGUUCAACAAGGCUCAAAAAUGGGACUACCCUAUCCGGGAAGUCAGGACGAGGAUUCUUCACUAAGUACCAAGGAUACUUGAUCCUGGAACGGGAGCCUGCCACCAAUCCCAAAUCUUUGGCCACAUCGAUCAUCGUAUUCGGUGUACUGAAAAAAACUUCUGCGUCAGAGUUCAAUUUUUCAAAAGUGCAAAGUACUUUUCGAAAGAUCAUCACUCAAGAUCAGGAGAAGUGGCGGGUCGCAGAUCUCAAAUUCCGCAUUUACGCUGCGAUUCGAAUUGUGACAUUAUAUGUCCGUUCAUGACAAUUUUCUUUUUUCCCGCGAAUUUUGGCGGGGAUGAUAAAGAAGGCCAGUUUUAGGCAAAGACAACGAGAAUUAAGAUUCUUUGUGACUCUGAAGAAAUCCUUUUGUGACGUUUUCUGAGAGAAUGGGAGAAAUUUUUUCUUUUAUUCGGUGUGUUCCGAAAUCGACGGAGAGUCAAAUCUUUACAGGAAAGACACAAAUAUUUUAGACACAAUUAAUAUUAAAACAAAUAAUUUUGAAAACUUUUAUUUUCAACUGAACAAAAUAAAUUUUUUAUUUAGUACAAAUUUUUGUUGAUGGAACACUUUACAGUUGCCCAAAAAUGUUUAGACAACUUUUUAUUGGCAGACAAUUAUUUUUUAUGUAGACUUCUUUUUAAACUUUUGUUUUAAAAUGGUAAAAAGACAAUUUCCAAUCAGACUUGCUUAUGCAAUGAGUAACAAUAAAUUUCAAGGACAAUCAGGGUUGCCACAGGUCAGGGAAUUCAGGGAAAAGUCAGGGAUUUUUAGUAAAAGUACUGGAAAAAAUUGAAAUUCCUGAAAUUCAAUUAUUUUCAAAAG